ACACUCUGCCCAAAUCCUACGAAAACUUCCGACUCAAUGCCGUAAUGGGCAAGAAAAAGUUCACUCUAAAUGAACUGCUUAAUGAGUUGGUAGCGGCCGAGGGGGUCAUGGGAAAGAGUCCACAGGCUUUGGCCACUGCCACAGGACCCAGUUUUCCACCGAAAGGUAGGAAGAAGAAAGGGCCCCAUGGCAAGAAAGGCCAAGAAAAAGGUGGGAGCAAGAAGAAGCCAGGCCCUACCGGAGGCAUUAAAAAGCCAAAAGGGAAAGGCAAGUGCUUCAAGUGUCAGAAAACUGGACAUUGGAAAUCCGACUGUCCCAUGAUGAAGAAAGCUCAAGGGGUUCCUGCGGACAAGGGAGCUUAGUGGAGGCGAGCUGUCACUCUCCAUGGGAAAUGAAGCAAGCUUACCCGUUGUUUCAAUUGGAGAUGUGAAUUUAUUAAUUGAUAAACAUGUUUUGUUUUUAAGAGAUGUACUCUAUGUUCCGGGUUUUCGGAAAAACUUGAUUUCUACCAUUCAAUUACGAAAGUAUGGAUAUUCUGUUCUUUUAGAAGACAGUGCAGUAUUCAUUAAAGAUGGUCAAGUUUUAUUUAGAAGUGCGGCUGAUUCUCUUUA